AUGUUAGAAAAAAAGUUUGCUGACAUUGACAAAAAAUUUGAGAAUGUUUUAAACAAGAACAAGAGGAAGUUAGAAAAUGCUCAGAUAAAACCCAUACAUGACAAGUUCUUAUUUGCUCAGAAUGGUAUAACAGGUCUAAUUGCACCACCUGGGUCGGGUAAGACUUUCACUUAUCUUAAAAUGGCUGCACAACAACAAGAACUAGAUGAGAAGAACCCAUUCUAUGAGUUAGUUGUUAUUUGUAGUACUUCUGGUCAAUUUGACCAAACCGUCAAUUCGUUCAAAAAUAUUAUAAAGAAGUCUAAGUUAGUAUGUAUAAAGGAUACUGAGUUGUUAGAUUGGAUAAAGAAGUACCAAAGAAGAGUUUUGAAGUAUAAUGCUAUAAAUGAGUAUAUAAAUUCUAAGUUUAAAGACCCAAAUGAGGAAAUGCAGAGAAUAUUAGAGAAGAAACACUUCAGAAACAAACAGAAAGAGAUAGAAUACAUUUCGAAGAAA